AUGUCCCCGUUGUACGCGCCCUUAGCUGCCGGCGCCGAGGACGACGACGACCCGAUGAGCACGACGUCGCUUCCGGAGGAGGUGACCGUGUCCACCGUCGGCGCGAGGGCGGUCGGCACCGGGCACCACUUGCUCAAGGUGGAGGGCUACUCGCGGCUCAAGCGCACGCGCGGCGGCAACGGCAGCCACCUCCAGUCCGGCGAGUUCAGGGACGCCGGCUUCGUCUCGCUGUACCUGUCCCUCGCUAACCCCGGCAGCGCCGCCGUCCACGCCGAGGUCGAGUUCGAGCUGGUCGACCAAUGGCCGGGCACGCCGCUGGCGCGGUGGUGCAGGCACCGCAAGCGCUCGCCGGCUUACCCCUUCCAGGCGGGCCAGUCCUGGGGCUUCCCCAAGUUCAUCGGCGCCGCCGCCCUCGAAGGCGGCGGCGGCUCCAGGUUCCUCCGGGGCGACUGCUUCGCCGUCCGGUGCAAGGUUACCGUCGUCGAGGAGCGGGGCGCGGCGGCGGCGGAGGACAUGGAGAGGAUGGGGGUGGUCUGCCUGUGCAAGGACGCCUCGUGCAACAAGCUCCACCGCGCGAGGCCGCCCGAGACCUUCAAGCAGGCGUUUGCUAGCUUCUGUCUUUACAUCUGUGGAUAA